AUGGCAUCUGUAUCGUCGUUGGACAAGGACCUGCGCAAAUUGCGCCUCGACAGAUACACACCAGCUGCCGCCAAUGAAGUCAAGUCAUGGAUUGAAUCUACGCUCGGCGAGAGGCUCGCACCCGGGGACCUCCUCGAGAGCCUCAAGGAUGGUGUGGCUCUCUGCAAGCUCGUCAAUCUCGCAUUGCCCCCGCCAGGCAUCAAGUUCAAGCAGUCCGCCAUGCCGUUCGUCCAAAUGGAGAACAUCUCCCACUUUCUGCGCGCCUGCAAGUCUCCGCCACUCAACCUUCAGGAACACGACGUCUUCCUGACCGUCGACCUCUACGAACAAAAGGACCCCGCCCAGGUCCUGCAGUGCAUCAGCGCCUUCAGCCGUGCCGCCCACGGCGCCAACCCCGCCAGGUUCCCCUCGGCCGUCGGUGGCCCCAAGCGCAGUAGCGUUCUGAGCCCCCAGAGCACAGGUCCGAACUCGCCAGCGCUGCCGGCCCGCAACAGAGGCCUCUCGACGGCGAGCAAUGGCUCGUCCGCCUUUGGCGCCGGCCAGCAGCAGCGGCCCGCCCUGUCGUCGCACAAGACGGGUGAUUCGGGCUCUGGCCGCUGGAGCCCCACCAAGAGCAGCCCCACGAAGCCCACAUCUCCCGUUAGCAGCUGGAGCCGCAAGGAGCACGAGGGUGCGACCUCGCCGGCAUGGAACAUUGCGCAGUACGGCUAUCUCGGCGGCGCCAGCCAGGGCAACCUCGGCAUCUCGUUCGGUGGACGCAGACAGAUCACGACCGCCGGCCCCUCCGUGCCCAGCUUUGCCGAGAAGCAGCGUCUGCGACGGGAGCGCGAGGCUGAGGAGGAGCAGCAGCGGCUGCAGGCCGAGGAGGAGCACAGGCGGCGCCAGGCCGAGCGCGAGGCUGAGGAGGAGCAAGCGCGCCUCGACGAGGAGCGCAGGUGGGAGGAGCAGACGCAGCUGCAGCGGGAGGUGUCGCGGCGCAAGGCCGAGGAAGAGAAGCGCAAGUGGGAGGAGGAGGAGCGGCAGUGGAAGAUGACCGAGGAGAAGCGCCGCAGGGAGGAGGAGGAGGCCGAGGCGCGACUGGCGACGGAGAAGAACACCUCGCGGAGCAACAGCGACGCGCGGCUGCGCGGCCAGUUCCUCAGCCAAUACAACGAGGAGCAGGCGCUCAAGCCGCAGAAGACAGGCAACGAGCGCAUUGCCGAGCUCGAGCGUGAGCUUGAAAAGGCCCGCGAGCGCGAGAGGCAGUAUGAGCAGGAGCGGCAGGGCCGCACUGGGCAGCAGCCGCGCGUCGUCGAGGAUCCCAAGUCAAGGGCCCGGUCGAGGAGUCGGCCUGCAGAGGGGAGCCCGCCCAUGCGCCAGGACUCGUGGUCUCGCGGCGAGCGCGAGGUCCUAAGGACGGCGUGGAACCAGUCGCAAGAACCGGGGCCCAGGCCGGUACCGGCGGCGCGGCCCAUGGCAGCCUCGCCUACGCCCUUGGCCAAGUCGCCUCGCCCGCUGCCUGAUAUUGGCUCAGCCAUGAACAACCAGCGAGGCGCCGUCUCGCCCCCGCCACCUACGCUCUCACCCCGUCCCCUGCCCGAUCCCGCGGCAUUCGCAGCACCCGCCAAGGCUAAGAGUCCGAAGCAGGAACACGCAGCCAUUGCGCCGCCCCUGGUUGUCAAGAAAAACCAUACGGGCAGCUCACGGCCGCUUCCCGACCCCGCGGCAUACACUUCACCUUCCUCCUCAUCCCAACCUCCGCCGCCACAGCAAAAUCGCACGGAUAAGUUCCUCGGCAGUAACCCAGCCCCGGAGCAGGCGGCCCCGAUACAGACAUACUCGCGCGAGCUCGGCGCCACGGCCGAGCAGGACGGCGAGGACCGACGGCGUGCGCAGAGCCAGGCCAAGACCAAGGCUGGCGGCUGGGCGUCCAAGUCACUCCUCGAGCGCGAGAUGGAGAUGGAGAGGCAGCGGCAGCGCGAGUGGGAGGAGGCGCAGGAGGAGACGGCCAAGGCCGUGCGGUCCGGCGACGGCGUUGACGGUAUCGGAGGCGGUGUCGGCGGCCGCUGGGACGUCGGCCAGUGGUCCGGCUUCACGGGCGGCGACAGCCAGAACAAGGGCGGUCAGGGCAUCGGCGCCGGCCGGCGGCAGAUCGUGGGGCCCAGACCGCUGCCGGGGGGGAGCAGACGAGGGACCUAA